AUGAGGCAAUCUAUGGAUGUGGAUGAGAGGAUGGGGCAAUCUAUGGGUGUGUAUGAGAGGAUGGAGCAAAUCAUGAGUAUGGAUGGAAAGAGGAUGAGGCAAUCUAUGGAUUUGGACGAGAGGAUGGGGCAAUUUAUGGAUGUGUACGAGAGGAUUGGGCAAUCUAUGGGUGUGGAUGAGAGGAUGGGGCAAUCCAUGGGUGUGGAUGAAAGGAUGGGGCAAUCUAUGGGUGUGGAUGAGAGGAUGGGGCAAUCUAUGGGUGUGGAUGAGAGAAUGGGGCAAUCUAUGGGUGUGGAUGAGAGGAUGGGGCAAUCUAUGGGUGUGGACGAGAGAAUGGGGCAAUCUAUGGAUGUGGACGAGAGGAUGGGGCAAUCUAUGGGUGUGGAUGAGAGGAUGGGGCAAAUCAUGAGUAUGGAUGAGAGGAUGAGUCAAUCUAUGGAUGUGGACAAGAGGAUGGGGCAAUCUAUGGGUGUGUAG